AGUUUGUGCUGAGCGGCUGGCAGGACGUCUCUUUUUCUCUGCUCUGCUGUGGGUUACUUUUAAAUGAUUAUACAGCUCUUUCCUAUUCAAAUCUGUGAAUAUUUCAAGACCUGACCGGAGCUGAGUUCUGCUUAAGAUAAGAGGACCUAAGGCGCGAGCAGAGGAGAUUACAUUUCAUUUUACAGCCCACCUUCUGUAUACCCCUGUAAAGACAGGGGGGGGAUCCUCCACUCGGUGCUAUCUGAUAGCCUGCAGCUGUGAGAAGAUGGGCGGCUGUGAGUGUGGCUGGGUCAUAGCCCAGUCCUGAGAUGUUUGGCCCUCCAUCCUGGUGCCUGUCUCAGUGAUGACGAGCACCCUUGCUGUCUUCCUCCUCACUCUAUCUGUCCUGUACAGAGCUGAGUGUGUGUGUGGGAAGACAGUGAAGGAUACGGUGCAAGAAUGGAACAGGUAUCGGAACGAGUGCCUUCUGAAGAUCAGCUCAGAGCCCACCCCCUCAGGUCUGUUCUGCAGACGCAUGUUUGAUAUGUAUGCUUGCUGGACAGAUGGUGUGCCCAACACCACAGUCAAAGUGCCCUGUCCCUGGUAUUUGCCUUGGUAUGAUCAAGUGCGCACUGGGUUUGUACUGCGGGAAUGUGGUCCAGAUGGCCAGUGGCAGACCAACAACACCAGCCGCACCUGGAGAGACCACUCGCAGUGCAACGCUGAUGGCAGCAAACAAAGAGAACAGGAAUAUCAGAUGCUGAUUCUAGCCUACUUUAGGGUGAUGUACACAGUGGGCUACUCUUUAUCCCUGGCUAGCCUGUCUCUGGCCCUCAUCAUACUACUUCUUUUUAGGAAACUCCGCUGCACCCGCAACUACAUCCACACCAACCUUUUUGCCUCCUUCAUCCUUCGUGCUGUGUCCAUCCUCACACGUGAUGCGCUCCUCACCAGAGAAACUCCUGAGUUUAGGGACAACAGUGACGUGUCCAGUGUCCUGAGUGACCAGGCUCUGUCUGGCUGCCGCGUAGCUCAAGUGCUCAUGCAGUACUGUGUCGGGGCCAACUACUUCUGGCUGCUAGUGGAGGGCCUGUACCUCCACAACCUUUUGGUGCUCAUGGUGUUCUCUGAGAACAGUUACUUCUGUGGUUACCUAGCCAUCGGCUGGGGUACUCCUGUACUCUUCGUGGUGCCCUGGAUAGUAAUGCGCUACCUAUAUGAGAACACAAGGUGUUGGGAGAUCAAUGAAAACAUGGCCUAUUGGUGGAUCAUCCGAACUCCAAUCCUCCUGGCUAUUUUAGUAAACUUUUUCAUAUUCAUAAGGAUUAUCAAGAUUCUCAUCUCCAAAUUAAAAGCACACCAGAUGAGAUACACAGACUAUAAAUUCAGGUUGGCCAAGUCUACCCUGACCCUCAUUCCCCUGCUGGGAAUUCAUGAGGUGGUAUUCGCCGUGAUGACGGAGGAGCAGACUGAGGGUGUACUACGCAACGUCAACCUUUUCUUUGAACUCUUCUUCAACUCCUUCCAGGGUUUUCUGGUGGCCAUUUUAUACUGUUUUGUGAAUAAAGAGGUCCAGUCAGAGAUCAAAAAGAAGUGGCAGCGAUGGAGGCUUGGAAUUAGCAUGCUAGACGAUCAACGCAACACCGGCAGCCACACACCACAGGGAGGCUCCGGGCUCCAGUGCCAGCAUGACCACCCCUGCCAGCCUGACUGUCCUGAGGGGAGCGGUGGCCACCUGUGCUUGGACGCUCCACCUUCCUCCGCCCAGCUAUCCCUCCACCAGCAUCAUCACCCUGGAGCUAAGAAGGGCAAAGCCUACUGCUACAUCUCUGCCAAGAAGCAGGUGCUGAAUGGGUUAGACACGCCACCAUCAGGCAACUGCAGGUUAGAAGGAGCAAACAGAUACUCCGAGAGCUACUGCUAAGAGCUGUGGACCAAAAGACCUUGCUUGGUGGAGUCUAUAAAGUUCUUCAAGAUAUAUUCAAAGGAUAUUAGACAUGAUC